GUGCUGGGAAGACGGGACACCACGAGCAUAACUCUCAUCCUGUGACUACACUUGUGCUCGCCAGAGUGAACACCAGAGGUCAUAACCAUAGUAAUACUAUUUUAUUUAUGAGAUAUGUAAAGGAUAAUGUUAGUGUUACUUAGUAGAUACAGUAAUUGUAUAUUAUAUAUAAUCACUAAUUAUGUGCAUCAUAAUGACUUGGGAAGUAUGUUAGUAGUGUUCCACUAAUUGGGACAAGAAGACGCAAGAAGCAUAAAACAGAUACAAAAUUGUAGGGUUUUUGCAAGACCAAUUUGUAGUUUGUGGAUGAAACUGACUUGUCUACCUUUGACAACCAAGAACACCCACAUCCCUUAGCUCAAUGAAUUGUGGGGUUCAGUCCCUGAGCCCAUUAUGUGCCUCUGUAACCCGCCCCACUACCCCCCACAUGAUGGAUAUGGGGUGCAUAAUAAAUGGACUAAACUAACUCUCCCGUUAGUUUGGCUGCUUUCCCCGUCCCAUUACAUUCAUGGGACUGUGUCCAAGCUGUGCUCAAUUGUCCCUCAGAUUCUCGAGGAAUCGUUAUUUUUGUGGGUGAAAUGAAAGGUUUUGAAGCAGGAGAAACAGCACACAGCUGCCAGCGGCCCAUUGAUGUGCCUGAAGAAACUGUUGAGGUGAAGAUUGAGCCGGACCUUCUCCCAGGAGAGAUUGUUAUAGCGGAAGCUAACAACGUAUUGAAGUUUGCACCUCUGAAGACCAACAAGACAGGGAUCUCCGGGACCUUGUUCGUAACCAACUUUAAGGUUUCUUUUGUUACAUCACUUCCAGUUGACAGUAAGGAGGCUGAGCUGCACGACCGAAGCCUUCAGAACCAUUUUCUUCGGGUGCAUGAUGUUUGCCUUUCUGAGGUUGAUUCAGUCAAUCAGUUUUCUGAAGGAUCCAUGAAAAAGAAACGAAUAUAUUACAAUGCUCCCUGGCCUCCGAGACUCUCAGGGUUACAAUUAGUGCUUAAGAACCUUCGUAUUAUAAACUUCAGCUUCAAGUUCACCCCGGCAGGCGAAGACCUACGAGUGGCACAAGCUCUGCUGCACCACGCCUUCCCUCCCACCAUAGACCAUCUUUUUCUCUCGUGCGGCCAUCCACCACCAUCACCUGGCAUCCCUGACUUUUGCAUGGCUCAGGACUGGGAGAGAGAACUGCAACGAACACGAUGUCCUAAUUGGAGAGUUUCGAAGCAUAAUGAAUUCUUCAACCUCUGUUCCUCAUUACCAGCUGUGGUUGUGGUUCCGCGUGACCUCCUAGACUCUGAGUUAGAGAAGGCUGCGCAACACUUCCAGGGAACGCGUCCUCCGGUGUGGUGCUGGGGUACCCUGGCUGGAGCAGCGUUAGUUCGCAUGGCACAGAUCUCUCCUAGUAUUGCAGACAAGCACCAGGAGAACCGAAUGAUGGGGCUGGUACAUCGCUGUCAUCCGAGGAAAUUGCAGCCGACGAUACUUGAUCUUGACCAAAUGUUACCUUCCUUGAAAGACCUUCAGAUCUCGUAUAUAAAGCUGAGGGAGCUACACACACCUGAUGAUCCCACACAAUUUUUGGAGCAAGACCGUCACUACUACAGUCGAUGGGAGUCGUCCAGGUGGUUAUCCCAUGUCAGCAAAUGUCUGGAAGUAGCAAAGAGUGCGGCCAAUUCCAUUCUUCAUCAUAAUAGCUCGGUUAUCCUACAAGAGAGUGAAGGUCGAGACCUCAGUGCUGUUGUAUCAAGUUUAGUGCAAUUGCUCCUUGAUCCCUAUGUUCGUACCAUAAGAGGUUUUCACUGCCUGGUCCAAAAAGAGUGGGUUGCUCUAGGUCACCCCUUUUCAACCCGUCUUGGUCAUACCAGAAACCAGGUAGACGAACAGAGUCCAGUGUGGUUAUUAUUUUUAGACUGCGUGUACCAGGUGAGCGUACAGCACCAUGCAUCCCUGGAGUUCACGUCCGAGUACCUGGUGGCCCUCUGGCAUGCUUCUUACUGCUCACUUCACUCGACUUUCAUGUUCAAUUCUGUCAAUGCUAAAUACACCGCCACUGCCGUCCUGCAACGUGAAAAUCCACACGAGCCAAUAUACCUGAGACCGGUGUGGUCGUGGUGGGCAGAAAGCCAGCGUCUUCUUGUCAGUCAACAGAAUGGAUCAUUGGAAGAAUAUUCACAGAAAAGACCUUCAUCUCGAGAAGCUUUCUUUAAUGUGCAUUAUAUUCAAAGUUUAUUGGAGUCCUUAUCGGGAGCUGGUGCCCUUAAGAGAACGAGUGAUCCACUCUCUAGUGCGUAUCACACGUGGCAUCGCAUUAAGUUCCUCUUUGAGAGUGCGGGAACUUUGCCGUACGAUUCCAGCGUUCCGGCGGCCCCCCUGAAACUGGAUACUACUUUGAGAAUUGACGUUUCUUUAAGUAGCCUUAAACCUUGGAAGGACUGCUUUGGUGCCUGGGUUUCCGAGCCGGCUACCCUGACGUUGAACGAGUCGGAAUCAUUAUUAAAGCGCACCCCGGCCAAUUCUCAACACUGGAGACAUCUUCACCAAAUAUACAACACCCUCAAGAACCACUUGUCUGAGAAUUUAACAAAUGGUGCAGUUAAAUGAAGGAGAUGGUGAAUGUGGAAGGGUGUUAAAAUUAUUUAUCCUGUGAAAAUGCUUUAUUUAAUUAUAAUUGGUAAAUUAAGUCAUUGGUUUGAUUAGAAAGUGACAAUAGUGAAGUAUUAUUUCUAGUUUGCCAAGAUUACUCCUAGGUACUGAUAAUAUUCUUAGCUUGUCUUGGCAAAAAACAAAACAAAUAGUGGUUCUUCGUCCGUAUGUGACAGGGAAUUGUGUGUGUGUGUGUAUGCAAAUGUCCAAUAUUUUAUGUAGUAUUUGUGCUUCAUAGAGGGCUUGAACAUCUUCCUUUGUAGUCAAUUCAUAAGGAGUUGAUUUGUUGUUCAAACUUAUUUAUGGGAUUUGAUUCUGGUGUUUGGUAAUAUGAUCUCAUUUUCAGAUGUUUAGAUUUAAGCAUUUAGAAACUUCAUUAUUACAGGGGACAAUACUGUAAUUCUGUCCCUGUGAUUGUGUUGUAAUCUGUUUCGUAGUCACAAACAUGUAGUCAGUUUUUAAGUUCCUCUCUGUGUUUGGAAUUAAGUUUGUGGGUAUAACUGUAUGCCUUUCUUAUAUAUAUAUAUAUAUAUAUAUAUA